AUGAAUUUAAUGGAUAUGCUAUCGGUAGAUCCACCAUCUACUAUAUAUGGUAAAAUAAAUGAACCUUAUGAAGAUACUUUAUUAUCAACAUCAACAACAAAUAAUACUUCAAUAAAUGGAAAAUCUUCAAUUAAUUCUUAUUCUUAUUCAAAUAUUAAUAAUGACAAUUACUCAAAUGAAAUUAUUAAUAAUUUUAGUGAAACACCAGAACAACAAGUACAAUUUAAUUCAGAAUAUAUUAAUGCAUCAGGAGUAUAUUAUAUACCAACGAAAUUAACAAGAAUACAAUUAUCAUUGAUUGAAAUACUACUACAUUUAUUUAGUGAAACAUUAAUAGAUCAAUUUAAAUUGAAAAAGAAAAAAACAAGUAUAGAUAGUUUAUUAGAAGUUUCAAAUUUACAAACAACUUUAGAACCAUCUUCAUUAGAUCAUUCAAAUAAUUCAAAUGAUUUAAAUUUAAAUUAUGAAUUAAUAUCAAUUUGUUUUAAUAAAUUAAAUUUAAUAAAUAAUCACCCUUCUUUAUUGGUAGAUCAUUUUAUACCAAAAAAAUUAUUAUUAUCAGAAACAAAUGAAAUGAAAAUUUCAAUGUCUGGAAAAUUUGAAUUAUUUAAUAGAAUUAUUGAUUCAUUAAUUGAAUUAAAUUUAACCAAAUAUUACUCAAUAUUAGUUGUAAGUAAGAAUAAUAAAGAAUUAGAAUUAAUUGAAGGAAUGAUUCUAGGUAAAAAUAUCUCAUAUAAAAAUUCAAGUACAUUGAAAUUAUAUAAUGAAGAUAAUAAAACUAAUCAAAAUGGAAUUUUUAUAAAUUUAAUUCAAACUCAACAAUUAUAUAAUAAUUAUAUGAAUUUAUCAUCAAAUACAAAUUAUAAAUUUAUUUUUUCAUUUGAUUCAAAAUUGGAUUAUACAAAUCCAAGUAUUGAAAUGUUAAGAUCAAAUAAAAAUUGUCCGAUUUAUAUACCAAUUCCAAUUUAUUCAAUAGAACAUUUAAUUUUACAAAUUCCUGAACCAAAAUUAAAUGGUUAUAAUGACUCAAUUUCAAAUAAUCCAUCAUUCGAAUGGAAAUUAAAAAUUUUAAAUACAUUAAUUGUAAAUUCAUUUAAUUUGGAUAAUAAUAAAAAUCUGGAUUUUUAUUUAGAAAAUUAUGAAGCAAAUAUGAGAUAUUUUAUAAACAAUUGUGUUGAUUAUCCAUUAAAAUUGGAGAAUUUGUUCCAAAAAUAUAAUGAUAAUUUAAUAAUUAAUUACUCAGAUGAAAAAUUAUUAAAAAAAUUAAAUCAAUCGUAUAAUAAAUUUAUUUCUGGUAAAUUAGAAAAUUCAAUACCAUUAAAUUUGGAAAAUUUUAAUCGUCAGUUUAUCGAAUUAUGUAAUUUGAAAUUAAAUUCAUUAAAUAAUAAAAUUAAUGAUAUUAACACUAAUCAAUUACCAAUGAAAAGAAAAUUAGAAACUUCAAAACAAUUACAUUUUGAUGAUGAUGAAAAAUUAAUUUGUGAAAGUUAUUAUAAACUAAAAAAAUUAAAUAAUGAAGCAACUACAAUUGAUAAAAAAUUAAAUAGAUAUGAAUUGGAUUUAAAUAAACAAAAUGAUAAUAAUUUAGAAUUAGAAAAUCAAUUAAAAGAAAUAAAUGAAAUUAAAGAUUCAAUUAAUGAUGAAAUAAUAAAUAAACAAAUAGAACAAAUUACUAAUUUAAAAAAUGAAAUAAAUGAAUUAUUAGAAGAAUAUAAUAAAUUAAUAAAAGAAACAGAAGAAAUAAGAAUAAAUUAUCAAAAAUCAUCAACAGAAGCAGUUACAAAACAAUCAAAAUUAAAUAAAAAAUUAAAAAUAUUAGAAAAUUUAAAUUCAAAAUUAAAUUCAAAAGGUUUACAAUUUUUACCUAAACUUAUACAAAUUAAUUCAAUAAAACAAUAUGAAAAUUUAUUAAAUCAAUUAAAAAAUCAAAAUAAAUUUUUAAAUCAAGUACGAUCAUGA